CAUCUGCGACCACGGAUGAGGUAACAGAGGUGAAGAGACUCUGAUGGUUCGGCUUGGCCGGUGGCCCUGUAAUUGUCGCUUUCCGCUGGACAACCCCGAGAUUAGAGAUUUGUUAUGGUCAGCUUCUGUGACUGGUCAAGUUUUGUUUGUGCUUCGGAAUACAGGUUGAUUGGCGGUUACGUUGUCGUUCUCAGACGAAGGCGCUGAGGUGGUCUUUGCCUUCGUGAGAUACGGAGAGAUAACUCAACUGUUGCGUGGACUCUUGCGAUAUUUGGACAUGGCAUGAGCUAAAGAGAUCUUGCUUUCCUCUAAACUGUGGAUUUUGUGCCCGCGGAUUACCUUUUUGUUAUGACUGCUGAGGUACGACAGAACGACGAGGUUCCUGACAGAACGGAUUUUCUUGAUUCUGUCCAGUAUACCAACUCUUGAUCGCAAUGAAUGAAACAAAGUGCAUGUAUGCUGGACAUAUGCGACCACCCAACUCUGUUUCUGUGCAAGUCAAGAAGUUUCUACUGUGGGAUCUAACUUGAUGGACCCAGAAUCUCUUAGCUAAUUUAUUACAAACAAUGGGAGGCUACAGGGUGAGAAACGAAGCCCAUGGCUUACAUACUCUCUUUGCGUCAAAUACGCCCAGCAACAAACGAACUCCAGCAGUAAUAAUGCAAAUGGGUGACAGCCUGGUUGCAUUUGUAUACUUCUCAACAUUAAUAACAGCUGUGAUAUCAGUCGGUGCAUCUACCACUUCUUCUUCCUCAUCGGCGGGUCCCCCUACUGGAGUACCGACCGCUUCUCCGACAUCGUCUUCAUCUUCAUCAUCGUCAUUAUCGUCAUCUUCCACGAAUAUGACUGUUUCCAACGGAAAUCAGACCGACGACACAACGCAUCUCCUACUUGGGUACAUCGCUACCAUGACCAUUCCCGGGGGUAACACAGAGUUGGGGGAGGGCCGUAAGAUUUCUGGAGCAAUGACGCACGCCAUUAAUAUGGUCAACAACAACUCGGAGGUACUGCCCGGAGUGGAGCUCAGCUACCUUCUUGGGGACAACAAGGGUCAGGAUCUGGAGUCUCUUAGAGUCAUGACAGAACAAUGGAAAGAAGGUGCCAUAGCUUUCUUCGGCCCGGAGAACCAUUGUGAGAUGGAGAGUCGGGUGGCAGCUGCUUGGAAAUAUCCCAUUCUCGCAUUUAAAUGUGACGAUCCUGUAGUCUCGGACAAGUCUCGGUUCCCAACCCUAGCCCGCACACAGCCGCCAGCCUCCCACUCCGUGUCGUCGAUCAUUGCUCUCAUGAAGUACUACAACUGGACCAAGUUUUCUAUCAUUGUGGAAAAGGUUGAUCUGAUGACCAGGGCAGGCUUGAGUUUACAAACACUUGCAGCGGAGAGCAACAUCAGCAUCAAUCACUUUGUGAACAUAAGCGGACCUUACGCCACCAGGAAACACAUUAAAGAGCUGGAGGGAGCCAUACAGAACACUUACCAGAAAACCAGAAUUUACGUGAUCUACUCCAAGGCCACACUGUUCCUGGACUUCCUGAGCCUUAUGCAGGACAGGGGACUCACAGAACUGGGCGAGUAUGUGGUCAUCGGCAUACGCAAUGACUCGCCCUUCCAGGAGAAGAUGAGUACAGAGCUAAUGUUUCCGACCUCUACGUUUGAAUCGGAAUGGACGAAUAAAUCUGUGGACUCGUUUCGCGGAGUUCUUCUAUUAGUGGACGUGCCCAUCAGCAACCCAGACUACCCGGAGUGGGAGGACACAGUCCGCGACUACCUCUACAAGCCGCCCAUCAACUUGAAAAUCAAUCCUUUGGAUGAAUUACUCGGCAUCAAAGUAAAGAUCCCGGUGUUUGCUGCCUACCUAUACGACUCUGUCCUGCUCUACGCCAAGGCUUUGCAUGCAGUUCUGGCUGCAGGGGGUUCUCCUCAAGAUGGAGACCUCGUCUUUGAUCAGCUCAGAGAUACGACUUUCAGAAGUAUCCAGGGUCAUUACGGUUACCUUGACAACAAUGGCGACGCGGAAGGGAAUUACACGGUGCUGGCGCUCCAGCCCAUGGACAACAAGUUUACACGGGGUCUGUUACCCAUCGGGGGAUUUCAGAGGAGCCGGCAAGACAGGCAGAAUGUGACGUACACAGUGACUGUUGAUAUCUACGGUUCCGAUGUGCCCUUAGACGAGCCUGUCUGUGGCUAUGACGGCGAGUACUGCCGAGAGGAAGAAAGCAAAUUGGCAUACAUAGUUGGCGGAUGUCUCGGUGGUAUAGGACUGACACUUAUCAUUGUGCUAGCAAUCGUUUACCGAAAUUGGCGCUACGAGCAGGAAUUGGCAAGUCUCAUCUGGAAAAUUGACAUCAAAGAUAUCCAGAUGCAGCCAGACGCGACCUACUCAGCCCUUUCCAUCGGGAGCAACAAUGCGCCCCAAAGCAACACGAGCCUGAGCCUAGGGCCGGACCAGGAGCAGAGGUUCACCAAGAUGGGAGUCUAUAAAGGGACACUAGUGGCUCUGAAACCUGUGAAGAAGAAGAAUAUGGACACCACCUCCCGGGAGAUCAAACUGGAAUUGAAACAGAUGAGAGACCUCCGACAUGACAACGUGGUGCAGUUCAUCGGCGCCACCAUCGAGCAGGGAAUCACCCACAUCGUCACGGAGUACUGCUCUAAGGGGAGCCUGGAGGAUAUUCUGGAAAACAGCGACUUAAAGUUGGAUGACAUGUUCAUUGCUUCCAUUGUCUCGGAUAUUCUCAAGGGCAUGAUCUACGUACACAGCACCGCUGUCCUUACCCAUGGUAACUUCAAGUCUUCCAACUGCUUGGUGGACAGUCGUUGGGUGGUCAAGCUUUCAGAUUUUGGACUUAACAAGUUCAAGGCCAAACAAGAAAUCCCUUACCACGGAGAACAUGCCAAUUAUAAACAAAUCGUGGAGCGUGUGAAAGAAGGCCCGUCACCUGGUGGUGUUCCUUUCCGGCCCAGCGUGUCUCAGCUCAACUGCGAGCUGUACAUCCUGGAUACCCUCAAACUCUGUCUGGACGAGGACCCGGAGUUGAGACCCGACUUCAAGACUUGUAGGAAGGCUCUCAGACCCAUGCAGAAAGGAAUGCGCUCCAACAUCUUCGACAACAUGAUGCUGCUCAUGGAGAAGUACGCCAACAACUUGGAGUCUGUGGUGGCCGAGCGAACGGUGGAGCUACACGAGGAGAAAAAGAAAACAGAGACAUUGCUCCACAGGAUGCUACCCACGAGUGUGGCAGCUCAGCUUGUGAGAGGCCAGCCUGUGAUCCCAGAGGCCUUUGAUUCCGUCACCAUCUACUUCAGUGACAUAUGUGGCUUUACUGCCAUGUCGUCCCAGAGCUCGCCUCUACAGAUCGUGGAUAUGCUGAAUGACUUGUACACACUUUUUGAUCACAUCAUCAAAGACUAUGACGUGUACAAGGUGGAAACUAUUGGGGACGCCUACAUGGUGGUCAGCGGACUGCCCAAGACGAACGGCAACAGGCACGCCGGCGAAAUCGCCUCCAUGUCCCUCAGUCUUCUCACAGCUAUCAAACAGUUCAAGAUCCGCCACAGACCUGACGAUAUUCUCAAACUUAGGAUUGGGAUCCAUAGUGGCUCUUGUGUGGCUGGGGUGGUAGGUCAGACGAUGCCCAGAUACUGCCUUUUCGGAGACACCGUCAACACUGCCUCUAGAAUGGAGUCCAACGGAGAAGCCCUCAAGAUCCACGUUAGUGGGAAUUGUAAGGUUCUCUUGGAUGAGCUGGGCGGCUACACAGUGGAGAAACGUGGACAUGUUCACAUGAAGGGUAAAGGGGACGUACUGACAUACUGGUUGCUCAAAGAAGACGUCCAGGUCCGAGAAAAACGCGCCCGUCAUUCCGACGACAGCGGCGUACAGACAGACGUCCUCACUGAGAUCACCAACACUGGAGGCUAUCACAAGUCACCCAAAGACAUCGUAGACCACAACUCCGCUCUCAUCCCCUGUCUGCGCUCUUCAUGCAACCUGCUUCACAACCAGAGAGAUGAAUUGGCAGGCAGUAACAUACUCUUGCCUGCCACGCCACAGAGAACACACAGCGCGAGAUUUUACAGAGAGUACGCGCGUGCCAGAUCAAGGAAUUCCGCUUGCAGCAUGUCAAUGGAUGCUGACAUAGGAACAAGCAACGUAAACAUUAAAACUGCGUGCUGUAGCGUGCAGAUAAGCGACUCGGCCCAUCAUGAGCCGGUUGUGGACAGCGCUGUUCAGAAUGGCAAACCGUCUGCCGUAUCAACCCCACCCGGUGCGGCUCAGGCUUCGCCGAGUAUGACGUCAGACACGCCAGGUGUAACUGUUUCCGUGACGCAAUGGAUGAUGAACGAUCCUGGCGGUUCACAAACUUCCUUGAGCGGUUCUGCUCGAACUCCUAAGUUUCUCAACGAUGCAGGGCUCGGGGGUCGUGACCUCAGCGGCUAUCAAGAUGUUAAAACCGGGCAGUGGGUGGAAAAACAUGCCGACUUCCGGCCUAACCUAGCCCUGAAUCGUGACGCUAAACCCAGAACGAAAUCCGAGAAUGUGUUCACUGCAAACUGUAAGGCGUUUGUGCGGAGUUUGCCAGGUAAGAAGAAACAUAAAAGUAAAAAUAUGACUACCCCGAGCAGUACACCCAAGGUGGAAGAACGCAGAUUCUCCACCCACUCCCCUGCCCUACGGCACAGAGACGGGUACAAAACGUCCCCAACUUGCUUUUCGGUUCCACAAUAUGACAACUUCAGCUCGGAAUCCACAGAUAUUCGCUGUUUCAGAAUGUCUCCCCUGAAUUCGGAUACCGCCUCUAACGCUUCGCUCCACAACCUCAGCCCCGAGUUUGAAUACCAAGAGCCCCCUUCAAAGAACAAUGAGAAAUCUAUGUAUCUGCCGCUCGUUGAACAAUUCCGGCUUGACGAGAGCAGUCACCCAAGCACACCUGGUCUGUUGUCGCCGCCACCGCCACGAACCACCGGUUCCGCUCUAUCGCAUUCUAGCGGUGGCUCAACGGACAGCACCAGCGCUACCCUCAUCAGCAACAACAACAACAACUACAACAACCUCAACAACAGCAGCUGCAGUGGCGGCAACAAUAGCAGUAGCAGUACUGGAAAUAGCAACAACAAUAUCAUGAGUAACAACAGUGGUCUGAAAAGGAACAAAAUAUAUCCGAUAUUAACUUCAGUCCCCGUGGAGGGGCCAGAGAGCCCCCGUGAGUACACGAAUAGGGGAUUCUCAGACGAUGCUCCAGCCUCACCCAGCAAACAGGUGUACGCUGUGACAUUUUCUGAUGACACCAUGAUAUAGUACCGGUACAUUCCCUGCCUCAGAUUCCCUACAGUCACCGGUAUCCGACCCGAGAUGGGGCUGAACUAUAUUUUGCCGUGCACGCAAAAGACAAUUGUUGGAUUACUAUGUGAGAACAUUGUGUUAGUCUGCAUCUUCAAUUCUCUACUGCGAUAGAUCCCAUACAACUUAGAUUGGCUCUUACAGAUAGGUCAAAGCAACAGACCCCUUAAUGUUUUAAGUUGCGUCGAUAGAGACGGGAACAUUUUACUCGCUCAUUUUCGUUAAAAAUAGUUUGUAGGCCGAACUCUCAUAGCCGUAACCUUCGACUUUAAAAAAAACCCUAUUCUACAUUUGGCAAUUUAUCCAUGAUUCUGACUUUCCGAAAAAAAAGUGUCAGUUUGCAGUUGAGAUGAAUUCAAAGGCAUACCAACUUAUCUACCUUUCUGACACAACUAAAAACGGUGCACUAGUGUACUGUCGUCAUUCUUUAAAACUUUGUUCUGUCAGAUAUAAACCUUAAAUCCUAAAGUAUGUAAUUUCUUGAAACAGGCGACGCUAAGUUUAUAUCAACUUGUACGCAUUCUAAAUCAUCUGUGGUUUAUCGAAAUAUUGUCCAGGCAUCCUUGUUUUCACUUCAAUUUUAGAACCGCUCAAUACUUACAUAACCGAUUACAUAUUUUCCCCAAAAAAACAACAACAAAGAAACUGAAAUCUCUACCUUACCAACAUCCCUUCAUGACUGGAAGACCAACUACUACUCCAUGAAAGUGAGAAAAAACAAAUAUUGUGCAUAUCCCUAUUUCUGAAUUAAACUAUACAGAUUCUUUGUUUUUAUCUAAUGUCAAUGGUCUGAUUUUCAAAAGUAAAAGACGUAUGACGGAGGAAGGGGGGGGGGAGACAACUGCUGCUUUACCUAACUGAAAAAGUCGAUAUUGAUAUUAUUUGUUUAUAUUGUAGAGUACAGAUUUUUUGGAUACACCCUCCCAGUGGGUUUGUGUUCGAAUUAUACAAAUACAUGAUGUUUACUCUGUGUGACGAGGGGGGUUUAUUUUCGUGUUUUUUUUAAACAAAUUUUCUUCCGGUCCACGCUUAAUUUUUCAAGUUUAAAUUACUUAUUUUGUUGUGAAAGCUCAAAAUUUUAACAUCUACCUCUGUUCUUCAGCUGCAUAAAUUCCAUGUUCACAAUAAUUAUCACCGUUGUCAUUCACUGCAUUAUCACCGUCGAUUUCAUUACCAUUUCUUGUAAAAAAAA